ACUGAAGCUAUUGAGACAUCUUGCACUGUACCGGCUGUGUGGUCAGGAGGCAAGCCUUUGAUCCUCACACCUACUCCCGGUCGAUAAAUAACACUGCAGCACAGGCAGAGCGUCCAGAGUAUCCUCCAACAUCUGUGUCACCAUAACGAGAGCAAACCACAACCAGCCAUGGCCAACCUAACCAUCCUGUCUGGAUUGGUUCUUUUAAUGUCCCUCCAAGUGGUGACGUCCACCAAACUGGUUUGCUACUUCACCAACUGGUCCCAGUAUAGGCCGGGUGUGGGUAAAUACCUGCCUGCUAACGUGGACCCCCACCUGUGCACACAUCUGAUCUACGCCUUCUCCAUCCUCAACCAUGCCAACGAGCUUGUCACGUACGAAUGGAACGACGAAGUCCUCUACAAGUCCUUCAACGAACUCAAAAGAAGCAACCCCAGCUUGAAGACAUUAUUGGCUGUUGGUGGCUGGAACUUUGGAACCUCACAGUUCAGCCUCAUGGUGUCUACUGCUGACAACCGCCAGAGAUUUAUCCAGUCUUCCAUCCAUCUCUUGAGAACACAUGGUUUUGACGGGCUGGACCUGGACUUUGAGUAUCCUGGCUCACGGGGUAGCCCACCCCAAGACAAGCAAAGGUUUACUUUGCUCUGCAGGGAGUUGCUGGAUGCGUUUGAAAAAGAGGCAGUUGAGACCAGGAGGCCGAGGCUGCUGGUCACAGGCGCAGUGGCUGCUGGGAAGGAAACCAUUGACAACGGCUUUGAGAUUGUUGAGCUGUCAAAUAUUCUAGAUUUCAUCAACGUUAUGACCUAUGACCUCCAUGGAGCAUGGGACCCCCAGACCGGUCACAACAGUCCGCUGUACCGCAGUUCUUCUGACGAGGGGAUUAACAUUUUCUUCAACGUGGACUUUGCCAUGAAGUACUGGAGAGACCAAGGAGCUUCCACUGACAAGCUGUUGCUCGGUAUCGCCACCUAUGGGCGGACGUUUCGCACGACCGGGCCAGCAGCAGGACUGGGGUCUCCAGCCAGCGGAGCGGCCUCGGCGGGCGCCUACACCCGGGAGUCAGGGUUCUGGGCCUACUACGAGAUUUGCCCGUUCCUUAAAGGAGCAAAGGUGGGUUGGAUCGAAGAGCAGAAGGUGCCGUACGCCACCAAAGGAAACGAAUGGGUUGGAUAUGACAACAAGGAGAGCAUUGAGAUCAAGGUGCAGUACCUCAAAGCCAACAAGUAUGCAGGAGCGUUCAUUUGGGCUCUUGAUCUAGAUGAUUUCUCAGGACAGUUCUGCAAUGAGGGGAAAAAUCCUCUGAUUAGCCACCUCCGCGCUCUUCUGAAUUCAGAUGGGCCACUUCCCGUUCCCACUACAACGAUAACAGUUCCGACAGUCCUGCCAAACGUCACUCAUAGCAGCAGCACCACCACCACCACCACCGCCGCCGCCGCCACCACCACCACCACCGCCCCGGUUCCCGGUGCUCCGUUCUGUGCGGGCAAGCCAGACGGCCUCUAUAGCAAUGAUAAGGACGUCAACUCCUUCUACCAGUGCUCCCAUGGGAUGACUUAUACACACAAGUGUCCUGCCAGCCUUGUUUUCAAUGACAUUUGCAAAUGCUGUAAUUGGGCCUAGGGGUUAACAUUGAUUAGUGAUUCGGCAAUUAUUUUGAAGCUUGUGAGGGGAACACAAUAUUCUCUUGGUGGUGAUUCGUGAAUUCUGUGUAUCUAAUUCAAAUAUGUCCCCUUUUUAAAAACGUGUCUUAGCCUUUAUUAAAUACGAUUAAGAAUAAAGGUUUCAAAUACAUUUUUGCUUUGAGUUGUACUACUACACUGUUCUAUUGAUCCCUUUCGCUGCUGUGAUCCAUUAAAAAUCAUACUUUCAAAUACAAACACGAGACAAGGACACACAGACACAGGCGUGUUCAAUGUCUUUUAUCCUGGAAAAUGAAUCAGUAACUUGUACUGUACAGCUUGUAGAAAGCCGGUCAUGUAUGUAUUAAAGUCCAAGUCCAGAGAUCUUUUCUCUAUUGGGAUAUCUUGGCAUUACCUGAAUAUACAACUGCCUGGCAGUCUUUAAUAUAGUAAAACAGCUCCAUUUAAUUAUUAGGUGAUAUAAAAAAUAAAAAAGCUCAAAGUACGCUAGUUUUAAUCAUGUUCUUAUCAAUAAUAAAUGUGUUAAGAUAAUUAAAUUAUUAAAAAAUAAA